AUCUCCUUUCCUCCUUUCCCUUCCUCCAUCUGUGUUUCUCUCGACGGUUCUUCGCGAGAUCAAAUUCAAAACUCCAAACCUUAUUUUUCAUCCUCGAUCGAUCACAUAAAAUGGCGGUUCCAACCGCCAUUGUAAUUGGCGGGAAAGGUUCUUCUCUCUCUUCAACAACCAUCUACACCAUCUCCACUUCUAUCUCUUCCAAGGUUGAAAUCGAUUCUUCCCUCCUUGAGAAGCUCUCUCGCUCUCCCCCCAAAAAACCCAACAGCAGCUCCUCCUACUCUUCUAUCCCUCCUCCUUCCUCUCCCAAAACCCUAACCCUAGAAGAAUCCCGCGCUUCCCUCCUCGUUCUCUUAAACAAGCUCCUCGCUGCGGGCCCCGCCGUCCGCCCUGCCCUCGCUCUCUUAAUCCAGGAAACCCUCAAUCACGGCUUCCCGCCCGAAGCCCUAGAUUUCAGCUCCCCAUUCCAGCUCUUAGACUCGAUCCUGAAGCUGAACAGGAAGAAUUUUGAAGAUAUUGGUGGCGCAACGGCUGAGGAAAUCGGCGUGGUUGAGUAUUCUUUCGCAGCUGUUAAUGGGAUCUCCGCGAUUUUGGAUUGUAAUUUUUCAGUGUUGGGGACAGUGGUCGAUGCUGUUGCUGCAUUGUCAUGCGAGGCCGCAAAGGCCGACGUGGCGGCAUUUGAUUUGCCUGUCUCUGGAGAGGGUUUCUCUAUCAAGGAUGAGAUGGACGUGGCCAGCGAUAUGAAGGAUUUGCUGUUUGGGUCGAAGUUUGUGGGCCGUGCCAUUUCAGAUGCAUUCACGGAGAUUCCGAUGGUUCAUGGGAGUUUGAGAGGGGCGGCGAGGUCAGUGCAUGCUCGGACACGGGUUGAGUUGAAUUCUGCGGUUAGGAUUGGCAAAACAGCCUGUGGGAGUAGUGGGAAAGGGAAGGCAUGGGUGGCAACAGUUCUGCCUCUGGCUAUGUCGAUUCGGUCAGUAGGUGAGUGUAGUUUGGGGCGGGCGAAACUGACCAUUGGAUCGAUAGAUGAUGCUGACCUGCGGUCUCAGGUGGUUGAGGUGUUUGAGAAGAGUUGUCCCGGGUUGGAAGUUUUAAGAAAGGGUUUCGAGUUGGUUUUGGCAAAAGCUGCUUCGGAAUCAGAUUACAUUGGGAUUUUGCAUGAAAUUUAUGAUUUGAUGGUCGGGUUGAGAGCAAUUCUUGCUUGGGAGGCGGCGCUAGCGCUGUUUGUACUUGAGCUGCAUGAGUCAAGUGACAAAACCCAAGUGGGUUUGUUGUCAAAUGUGGAAGCAAAUGGAGGGAAUGCGAAUGUUGAAAGGAAGAAUGAGAAGAAGAAGAAGAAGGUUUUGGGAAAGGGAACUGCUGUUAUACGGCAGCUUGUCAAAGACAGGCUGGAGAGUGGGACUGUGGCUUCGGCUGACAGUUUGAGCAUCCUGACCAAGUGGGCACGAGAGCUUUCUUCAUUUUUUGACCCUAAGGUUGCAGAACUCGAUACCCUCUUGAAGAAGGUGAAGGCAAUUGUGGAAAGCAAUGAAGUUAGAAGGCUUCCCAAAAUUCCCAAGGGUACUAGGGAUUUUGGGAAAGAGGAAAUGGCCAUUAGAGAGAGGGCAUUUUCAAUUAUUGUAGGAGUAUUCAAGAGGCAUGGGGCUGUGGCGCUAGAUACUCCUGUUUUUGAAUUGAGAGAGACUCUAAUGGGAAAGUACGGGGAAGAUUCAAAGUUAAUAUAUGACCUUGCUGAUCAGGGUGGGGAGAUUUGUUCUUUGCGAUAUGACCUAACUGUUCCAUUUGCCCGGUACUUAGCCAUGUAUAAUAUCAAUACAUUCAAAAGGUACCAAAUAGCUAAGGUAUACAGAAGGGAUAACCCAUCUAAGGGGAGGUAUCGGGAAUUCUAUCAGUGUGAUUUUGAUAUUGCUGGACAAUAUGAAGUGAUGGAACCUGAUUUUGAGGUGAUUAAAGUUUUGACGGAACUGCUGGAUGAAUUAAGUAUCGGUGAUUAUGAGAUAAAGUUGAAUCAUCGGAAGUUGCUUGAUGGAAUGUUGGAGAUCUGUGGAGUUUCUCCUGAAAAAUUCAGAACAGUGUGUUCUAGUAUUGACAAGUUGGAUAAACAAUCAUUUGAACAGGUCAAGAAAGAAUUGGUGGAGGACAAAGGCUUACCUGUUGAAACAGCAGAAAAGAUUGGUUCAUUUGUGAAGAAGAGAGGACCCCCUCUAGAAAUAUUAUCUGACUUGAAGCAGGAGGGCAGCCAGUUUUUGAAGAACGAGGGAUCCCUUCUUGCAUUGAAUGAGUUGGAGAUAUUAUUUAGAGCUCUUGAAAAAUCAAAAUGUAUAAAUAAAGUGUCUUUUGACUUGAGUCUUGCAAGAGGUCUUGAUUAUUAUACUGGAGUUAUAUUUGAAGCCGUUUUCAAAGGUGGUGCCACACAGGUUGGUUCCAUUGCGGCAGGAGGGCGUUAUGACAAUCUUGUAGGGAUGUUCAGUGGAAAGCAGGUCCCUGCGGUUGGUGUUAGCCUUGGAAUUGAACGUGUAUUUGCGAUAAUGGAACAGAUUGAAAAGGACCGCAACCAGGCAAUUCGUCCUACCGAAACACAAGUUUUGGUAGUUCUUGUGGGUAAGGAUCUGGCCCUGGCAGCUGAACUGGUGAGUGAGCUGUGGAACGCCAAAAUCAAAGCUGAGUUCGCAAUGACCAAAAGAGUGAUGAAGCAGAUUGACCGUGCCAAGCAGUCUGGAAUCCCUUGGAUGGUGAUUGUGGGUGAUUCCGAACUAGAGAAGGGUGUUGCCAAUAUAAAAGAUGUGGCAAUCAACAAUGAGGUAACGGUCCCAAGAGAUCAAGUUGUGGAGGAGCUUCGAAGAAGGUUGAACCCCACAUCUCAACAACUAUCUAAUAGCUACGUUGUUGUCUGAUGGAACCAUCAACUCCGUAUACACCGCAUUCCAACUGUGAGUAGCAAAGUUUAUUUUGCGGUUACAAGUCUUUUCCAAUGUACAUUACAUGUGCAUCAAUUUUCACUUUCUACAAAGGGAGAUCUCCCUUUUUCUGUUGCAGGCUAGUUUUCGAAUUAGAAUCAUGAUAUGGUUGGAACAUUUUAAAGUUUCAUGGCAUUCGCUCA